UCGGUAGUCGCAACAGUAUAAGUAAUGUAAUGCGAACACGCAGUCUAUAACAUAUUUGCGCGUGUUUGAUCAUGGGAAGCACACGUAUUUGUGUUCAAUUGUGCAUCUUCGUGGCGUUCAUCGCCGCCGUUGUCGAAGCUGACCGAGACAUAUUCCUAUCUGAAUGUCCGGGUCCAUUAACGUAUUACAAGGAUCUCAGAUGCACGCCAAUAUACGACGACAAGAAGGACAAUUGCCCGAAAAGUUUCAACUGUAAUCAUAUCAAACGAAGAUCCAGGGACAAGUGUUAUAUUAACGGUCGUAUAUAUGGUCCCAAUCAAGUCCUUAACCCUAAUGAUUCAAAUUUUUGUGAUAUCUCAUGCAUUUGCAGAGUCUCAUUUAUCCAGAAUCAAAUUGCUGCGUUUCAGUGUUCAAAGCAUUCCCAAUGUACCGAGAUAGAGGUAAAAAAUGGUUGCUAUUUACGGCAAAAUCCAACAACAUGUUGCAAAAAUCAGAAACAAAUUUGUCCUAAAAAAUUGGAAGAUAUACCUGUUUGUGAUGUAAAUAAUCAUAUAUAUCUUGAUGGUGAAUAUUUCAAAGUGAAUGAAGAACCCGAUUUGAUUUGUAUUUGCCAACCAGGAUACAAAGGUGAAAAUGUUCCACCUUUCUGUAUCAAGCCUAAUCAUUCUCCAUGUUUUCACCCUGCAUUCAAUCACGAUGAUUAUUUUCGUCGAAAUUGUGCUCCAGUUUUCAAAGAUUACGUAAAAAAGAACACGUGUUAUGAGACAAUGUUAUGUCAGCUUCCUGGUGACGUUGUCAUUCCUAGCCGAUUACCUUUUAUGAUGGAUGACAAUUAUAGUAAUAUGUGUAUAUUUGGUAAUUUGCUAUUGCAAAUUGGAGACAGACUACAGCCAACUCCAAGUUAUACCACCGAAUGUAUUAAUUGCAUUUGCGAAGUACCACCUGUAUUAACUUGUAUAUAUAUAUCGAAAAAUAAUUGUAGUAUUAAUUAUUUUGUUAAUUUGUAAACAUUAUG